GCCGCGGGCGGAGAGACGCGGCGCCAAGCGAAGAAGCAGGACCCGGGAGAGCCCGGGGUCCGCACCUGCGAGGCCGGGAGCGGGCUCAAAAUGACCAGCGGGACAGGAAGCAAUGUUAAGUGCCACGUGAUGUAUCAAGAUGAACCUGGGGCAACGGUAGCUGGUGACUGGAAUGCUUCCCUGAAUCUGCUGGUACUUCUUUUUUGUCACUAGUUUUAAAAGCUCCCCAGAGGAAACCUGAAAUCUAGACUCUUCUCAGAAUAGGAUGGGGGAAAUUCUGAAGUUUUCAUUAAACACAUUUAUCCCUCAAGCUUUGGAAGGAGCCAAAAUGCCAAAACCAAGAAUCCCAAAGCAUUGCCUACACUGGUGUGAUACCCUGAUAAAUGUCUAACAAAUUCAGCAUGUGUCCGCUGGGCUUGACCCUCUGCUGGGCAGAGUUUCAGAAUAGUGAGACAUCUUGGGAUUCAUCCCAUUUAGGAAAGACCUUUUUAACUACCAGCUGGCACCUCCAUGUUCUUCAGAUGGUCAAGUCUUCUUGAGGUCCUUUCACUGUGGUCUGUUCUGAUGGAAGUUUCCACCAGCGUGCAACAGAAGGAUGACCUUGUUCUGUAGGCAGGACAAUUGUGAAAGGAGCCGGGAGUGUCGAAGUCUAUGGGAAGAGAGAGCCACCUAGAAUGUCCCCGCCAAACCAGUCACUGGAAGACCUUCUCCAGGAGGCCUCCAACAGAUCCCUGAAUGCUACAGAAACCCCAGAGACUUGGGGUCCAGGGACCCUCCAGGCCCUCAAGAUCUCUCUUGCUCUGCUCCUUUCCAUCAUCACACUGGCCACAGUCCUUUCCAAUGCCUUUGUGCUUACCACCAUCGUCCUCACCAGGAAGCUCCACACCCCAGCUAACUAUCUCAUUGGCUCCCUGGCCAUGACUGACCUAUUGGUUUCCAUCUGGGUCAUGCCCAUCAGCAUCGCCUAUACCAUCACCCACACCUGGAGCUUUGGCCAAAUCCUGUGUGACAUCUGGCUGUCUUCUGAUAUCACGUGCUGCACGGCCUCAAUCCUGCAUCUCUGUGCCAUUGCUCUGGACAGGUACUGGGCCAUCACUGAUGCCCUGGAGUAUAGUAAACGCCGGACAGCAGGCCGUGCAGCUGCCAUGAUUGCCACCGUCUGGGUCAUCUCCAUCUGCAUCUCCAUCCCACCACUCUUCUGGCGGCAGGCCAAAGCUCACGAAGAGAUAUCGGACUGCCUGGUGAGCACAUCUCAGAUCUCUUACACCAUCUACUCCACUUGCGGGGCCUUCUACAUCCCAUCUGUGCUGCUCAUCAUCCUCUAUGGCCGCAUCUACAUGGCCGCCCGGAACCGCAUCCUGAAUCCGCCUUCGCUCUAUGGGAAGCGCUUCACCACGGCUCAUCUCAUCACAGGCUCUGCGGGGUCCUCGCUCUGCUCCCUCAGCUCCAGCCUUCACGAGGGGCACUCCCAUGCGGCCGGCUCCCCUCUCUUCUUCAACCACGUGAAAAUCAAGCUGGCUGAUAGUGUCUUGGAGCGCAAGAGGAUUUCCGCCGCACGAGAAAGGAAAGCCACUAAGACCCUGGGGAUCAUUCUGGGGGCCUUCAUCGUCUGCUGGCUGCCCUUCUUUGUUGUGUCUCUGGUCCUUCCCAUCUGCCAGGACUCCUGCUGGCUCCACCCAGUGCUCUUUGACUUCUUCACCUGGCUAGGCUAUUUAAACUCCCUCAUCAAUCCAAUAAUAUAUACUGUGUUUAACAAAGAGUUUCGGCAAGCGUUUCAGAAAGUGGUCCAUUUCCGGAAAGCCUCCUAGUCUUAUUUGGUGGUGACUCUUGUUAUCUUCUGUGACCUGUAACCCAACUGGAAUUGUCUUGUUUGUUUCUCCAGAGAUGUGGGUCAAUCCUGGUCUCCUGGGUUUUGGUUCCAAGAGAAUUUUUCGGUGUUCUCUUCCUCCUGUUGUCUUCUUGACUUCGGUUCCACCAAAAGCUUUGUGAAGGGAGGCAAGACCGAACAGUCCACUUAUUAUUCCAAUAUUUUCACGGCUCCUCUCUGUUGGAAGAAAUGCAACCACAGAAUUCCCCAUUGAUUCAAUUCAGAUGGGAAGCUGUCUGACUCUGUACAAAGACCCCAGGUUCAAAUGGGGGGCUUUCUGGUUUACCUAAGUUUUGUAUGGAGCUCAGAGUAGGGUAGAUGAGGUGAAUGACCUGAGCCGAAAGAGAAUUUGGAGUCAGGAUGGAGGGAUCUCCAUUCCAUGUGGAACCUUGAUUGGAAAAUGGCAUCCAGAUCAACUAUCAUAUAUCCUUCCUCCUUCCCCAGUAUCUCUUUACCACCUUAACGUUCUUAAAAGUUAAGACCCACAAUCACCCUCAGUGAAGAUGAUCGACAGGCUUUGGACCCACCAAGCUUUGAAUGGGACACCAUUCUGAAUUUUGUUUUCUGAAUUUUUUUUUUACAUCCUGUUCUCAUGAGAGAUCUUAAGAUGUUGAGUCUUGUCAAAUAAAAAGCAUGAGAUGUCAUGGUCAGAAAAGUCUUUGGGUAAUCUCUCCCCUCUCCCUGGAUGUAGAAUGGAGUUCUACCAGUUCACAUCAGUCUCUG